AUGGCAAUCCGUUUCCCUUCUGUACUUUCUAAUGCAAGGCAAAUACUUACAAGAAAUCAGCAAGUAGUACCAAAGGGGUAUAUCCCGGUUUAUGUAGGGGAUAAGGCUGAUAAAAAGAGAUAUAUGGUGCCGCUUUCUUACUUGAGCAACCCUGUAUUCCAAGACUUGUUACAGCGUGCUGAAGAAGAGUUCGGGUUUAAUCAUCCUAUGGGAGGUCUCACAAUUCCUUGCUCUGAAGAAAAAUUCUUCAGCCUAACUUCUGAACUGAAUUGUUAA